AAAAGCGUUGCGGGCGGCAUUGGACCACGUGGCGUCCCCUGCAAACUCGACCGUUGUAAUGUGCUCCUUAUUCAAGCAUGUCAGCCUCUACUUCAUAAAUCUCCUUGUUUGCCAUCUCCCUCGUUGUCUCUCCCUCUGUCUAGAAUCAUCUCUCUCAUGGCGAUCGCUGCGGAGACCCAACCACAAGAGAAGGCUUCUUCAGAUGUUUCUGGAGUGGAGAAAAGAAGAUGGACACUUGAUGACUUUGACAUCGGAAAGCCCCUCGGACGUGGGAAGUUUGGUCACGUCUAUUUGGCAAGAGAAAAGAGAAGCAAUCAUAUUGUGGCACUGAAAGUCCUCUUUAAGAGCCAGCUGCAACAGUCUCAGGUUGAGCAUCAGCUUCGCCGGGAAGUUGAAAUACAAAGUCAUCUGCGACAUCCCAAUAUUUUACGUCUCUAUGGAUACUUCUAUGAUCAGAAAAGAGUUUAUUUGAUAUUAGAAUAUGCAGCCAAAGGUGAACUUUACAAGGAACUACAGAAGUGCAAAUACUUUAGUGAAAGACGUGCUGCUACUUAUGUUGCAUCAUUAGCCCGUGCCCUCAUAUAUUGUCAUGGAAAGCAUGUGAUACACAGAGAUAUUAAACCAGAGAACCUUCUAAUUGGUGCACAGGGUGAACUUAAAAUUGCUGAUUUUGGGUGGUCAGUGCAUACAUUCAAUCGUAGGCGAACCAUGUGUGGUACGCUGGAUUACCUCCCCCCUGAGAUGGUGGAGAGCGUGGAGCAUGAUGCAAAUGUGGAUAUUUGGAGUCUCGGUGUCCUUUGUUAUGAGUUCCUUUAUGGGGUCCCACCUUUUGAGGCCAAGGAGCACUCAGAUACAUAUAGAAGGAUUGUGCAAGUUGAUCUCAAGUUCCCUCCUAAACCAAUCGUCUCUUCUUCCGCAAAGGACCUCAUUAGUCAGAUGCUUGUCAAGGAUUCUUCUCAGCGCCUGCCACUACACAAGCUUCUUGAACAUCCAUGGAUUGUUCAGAACGCUGAGCCCUCGGGUGUAUAUAGGCUUUAAAUCCCUUGUCAGAUGUUGGUAAUUUUCCGAUCAAAGAAAGGCAUUGGCAUUCUAGCAGGUUCUUUGGAGUAGCAUAACUUUUUGAUUCUGUCUUUUUCAUUGUAUUUGUGACAUAAAACAGUUCAUAAUAUGAAUUGUUUUGGGG